ACGACUCUGUUGCGAACGUGUCUACAAAGAAGCUGAGUUACUGAAAAGCCACGCGUCUUCCGUUAUUGUUUUUACCAGUUUGAAUACAUUUUCUGAGGUACUGAGUGCUGUGUACCUUUAUAUUCAAGUGAUUCGUAGUUCGAUUCGUUGGUGAGUCUGUGUGCCAUCUCUGUGGUCGUUCGCGUCGCGUGCGGUCUCUUUGAUAGAAGGCAGGAAAACCAAUUAACAGAGACUUAACAGUUGACUCUUUUCGGAGGAGGCCAUAAACAAUGCAGGCGGUGCACAGAACUGCACACAGCAGCAAAUGGCUGAUGCUGUUGCUCUCAAUGCUGCUCAAUGCCGCUUUUCAGCCACGCUCGUUUGUCGUGAGUGCCACUGAUGAUGUUGCAAACGUUUCGCCCUGCGAGGUGGAGUCCAUAAUAAAUCAAUUGAUGAACCCCAGUACCGAGUAUCAGCUACACGCCUCCGCCUUACGUAAUCAGCUGAAGAACUUGCUACGUGAGCGUCAGCUGGCCGUGGGAGAGGAGCAACCCCUAGGUGAGUACUCGGACUACAUGGAGGAGGACAAGCGUUCAGUUGCUGCCUUGGCUGCGCAAGGUCUUUUGAAUGCCCCCAAGAGAAGCCUGGCCACCUUGGCCAAGAACGGACAGUUGCCCACGGCGGAGCCUGGCGAGGAUUAUGGUGAUUCUGAUUCUGGUGAGCCAAGCGAGCAGAAGCGUUAUAUUGGUACCUUGGCCAGGGCUGGUGGAUUGAUGACCUACGGCAAGCGAAAUGUCGGUACCCUGGCUCGCGACUUUCAGCUCCCCAUGCCUAAUGGUAAGCGCAACCUGGCUACCAUGGCGCGCCUUCAGAGUGCUCCAAGUACUCACAGGGAGCAGCCCAAGCGAAAUGUGGCUGCAGUGGCUCGCUAUAACUCGCAGCAGCAUCACAAUCAACGCGCUGGGGCUGAGAAGCGGAACUUGGGUGCUCUUAAGUCAUCGCCGGUGCAUGGUGUGCAACAGAAACGCGAGGACGAGGAGAUGCUACUGCCCGCUGCAGCCCCCGAAUAUGCAGAUCCCAUGCAAAGUUAUUGGUGGUAUCCAAGUUAUGCUGGGUACGCUGAUCUCGAUUGGAACGAUUAUCGUCGGGCCGAGAAACGUUUCCUAGACACUUCCAAGGAUCCCGAGCUGUUCGGCAUUGAGCAUGGCAAUGUCGCUGUUGCAGCUGCAGAUGCGGAGGAGCCGGACACACAGCCAGGGAAUGAGCAAUUGACAUCGCCAAACAAGCGACACAUUGGCGCCGUGUACCGCUCGGGCUUUUUGCCUAGCUACCGAUACCUUCGCAGUCCCAUUGGAGGCGGUGGUGGGCGCUUUAGUCGAUCAGGACGUGACGCAAGGCAAUUUGUCGCGUACUACCCCCAACACGAGCGACUGCGUCAACCCAUCGCAGCCGUUUGUAAGCGCUGUUUCCUACCCAACCAACCGACGAUGAACUGGAGCGGUGCUGGCAUACGCGGUCGUUUGUCUAAAAUAUAUGAGGAUACCGAGGGCGAGUCUCCCAGAGCCUUUUCUGCCCACAUGCGAAGCAUCUCAAGCAACUCGCUGCCCACGGGAUCAGCGAGGAGCCCUAAGCUUCCACUUUCUCGCUCUGGUGCUCCUGUGUAUCCUCCCUUCCACUCCUGGGGCACUCCGCCGCGUAUUACAGCACUGCAUCGACGCGAAUUUCGACGCAACAUGGACAAUUACGAAUACUAAAUAUCGACAAUAUACUCUAUAUACAAAUUAUGAUAUAUCAAUUACAAUAAUACUAUUAAUGGAACUUUAAACUC